CAGUGUGCUCGGGAGCGUACAAUCGUGAGCAACUGUUCCGAAAGCAAUAAUGUCAGUCUAGACGCGCGUCUCGGCCUUUGAAAAUUGGAAAGCUAUCAUACAGUUGUCCUUUUUUCCAACUUAGCCUCAUCUCUCCAGCGCUGUGCCGCAAUCUCGAGCUCGUCUUGUCUGCAGUACGAAUCAUUAUGGAAUGUCUACAAAGUCGUGUCAUGGCUCGGAAAGGCCAUGCCGACACCUUCCAGGCUCUCGCACAAUAUCGAGUACGCGACUUUGCAUGCACAGUAUGUACAGAUUGUCGGGUCGCCUUAUCCAGCGUGUGGGUUCGAGGAAGGGACCGCUGGAUCUGAGGUUCACGCCAAUGCCUCGCUGCUUAUCUCCUCCCUCAUCAAAUGCUUCAGAUGGAAAACAGGUACGGGCACGUGAAGGCCCCGAUACCUGCAACGACACCCAGGGGCUCACGAUGUCCACAAGGCGAGCCGCAGAGCCAGGCCGGAAUUCCUGUGGUACAUUCCUCUUGACCGCCCACAGACAGCACCAACGGGUCUCGCCGUGUGUGAUGCGCCGCCCAACGAAAGAUGAUAUCGCCUCUGUUUUAGCCGCGAUCCGGUCGGCUGCUGUUGAAUCAGGAUCCACGGCUAGAGGAUCACCAAACCCUCUUUUGAGGCACCGCUCCACUGCUGAGUUCCCUUAGCGCGUCAAUUUGGCUCCGCCUCUGCCCCUCAUGGACCGUCGCUUGAGGCUUCGAGCUCGAGCAAUAAUGGGUAGGGCCCACCAGCUAAUUUGGGAUGCUUUUUGCCGAGCCCUUAUCAACCCUCGACCUGGUUAACGGCUGAAAGUCGUUGUUGCAGCUGCUUGCCAUUUUCGUGGUGAGCCAUAGCGUCCCAGGUGGGAGUCUGCUAUUGGGGAGUCGUCAUUGGUCCUGAACUGGCCUCAGAACGCGGGCCACCCGAACCAUGUCUUCGCUGCCGCGCCG